UCACCCUUUUCAAGGGUGAAAAAACUUCUUUUCAAAACAUCGUAGAAAGAACGCCUAGUACAACACAGUGACACACCGCACGCAGAGUGUAGAGUCUGCAAUUUCUUGUCGUUAGUUUAUUGAAUGGAAACGUUGAAGUACCGCCAGCUUCCCUCAAUCUUGUCCCUUAUCAGUAACCCAAAAUCUGCUUUUCUCUAUGUCUUAAUCAGGAUUUCAGUUCGUUUUGUUUUCAUAUGAAUUCAGAAUGCGCUCUCUAGAUGACGAUGAUUCUCAACAUAAACCAAUCAAAACGAACCCAAAGGUCGAUUUUCCCCAUACACAAAUACAGGAUUUCGAUUCCCAGUUUACACCUCCUCCUUCGCCAGGUGUCAGAGCUGAAGAAUAUGAUGAUAAGAAGUUGCAGUUUGAUGAUCGUGUUCCGGUUGAACAUGCUUGUGAAACUCAAGCACUGAAUUUUGAUGAUGAGCCCCAAACAUUUAACUUUGGCGAUGAACCUCAAGGAUUUAAUUUUGGUGAUGAAACUCAAGUUUUGAAUUUUGAUGAUGAACACCAAGCAUUGAAUUUCGGUGAUGAAACUCAAGUAUUGGAUUUUGGUGGCGAAACACAAGUAUUGGAUUUUGGCCACGAAUCACAACCAUUAGAUUAUUUAGAUGGUGUUGAAAAUAUAGGAACACAACGGUUGGAUGUGUUUGAUAACAGAGUUGCUGAUGAUAGUGACAAUGAAGGAUCUGAUAGAACGGAAGUUUUGGGUGAUAGUGAUGACAUCGCUGAUGAUGAUUCCGUAGGAAGAGGGAGUGAUCAGUGGCUAGAGAAAGAGAAGGCAUGCCCCUCUUUUGCUUUAGAAGGGCCCCAAGUUUCUACAACUCCUGUGACUCAAGGCACUCUACCACGAACAGGAUCUGUGCGAAGGUUUACUUCAAUUCGUGUGGCAUCCUUGCGUGCUUCUGGUAUAGCAGCCCGCAGUUUGGAUUUGAAGGAAACCAACUGCAAUUCUUGUUCUGCUCAGACUAAUGGUGUGUUUUCAGAUCAAGAUGACACUAGAAAUAAUUGGUUAGAUCCAAAAGUCAUGAAUGAAAUUGAUCAGGUACAUGAUUUGGAGAAAGACAAUGAGAAAGGGAAUGGAUUAAGGAAUGGAAACAAGGGCAGGCUCGGUUCUUUGACUGUGAGAAAACUCUUUUCUGAGGAGUCACUUUCUGAAAAUGAGGGACUUCCUUGUAACUAUGAGAACAUUGAUGGAGGAGAAAACCAAUUGCAGUUGCCUGUUUGUGAUGUAGAGUUGGCUGGGUUAAGCUAUAUUGACUCUCAAGAACCUGGAGAGUUGUCACAAGCCAAUGCCCUCAAAUUUGUGGAAAUGUAUAUCGAGAAGAGUAAUUUUGUGAAGUCUGAUCAUGAAAUGGACAGUGGAAAGAGUACCGGUGGGAAAUCAAAACCUGUUUCAAUUGCAAAAGGGCCACAAAGUUUGGCCAAGAAAGUCAAUAAUAGAAGCACAGCUGGAGAAAAAGGGAUUUUUGACUGGGAUGAUAACCAAGAAGAUGAAGGAGGGGGAGAUAUUUUCUGCAGAAGGAAGGAAGAACUUUUUGGUAGUGGAAACCAUGUGCUGAAAUCUUCAACUGAACCCCAGAAACCCAAAAAGAUACAAUUGGAUGUGUGCAGAGAUAACGAAAAACAGCUAGAUGUGCUUGAUAAAAUUGCAGUAUGCUCUGAUUCAAGAGUAAUGUUGCACAAUAUGAAAGAGAAUAAAAAGAAGGCACAAAAAGGUGGAAUGAAAUUUAAAAAGAAUAUUGCUGUUGAGUUAGAUGAAAAGUUUGAUACGGAUUCCUUAAGAGGACAGGUAGAAGAAAUUGUUAGUAAGACAGAUGUACCAGAGAUGUUAGAUGUUGGUCCUGACACUCAAAUGGCCGCUGAAGCCAUGGAAGCCUUAUUCUUUGGAGAGGUACUUUCUAACCAUGAUGCUGCUGGUCUACAAAGCAAUUCUAAUGGCCCUGCUGAGGGUUCUUUAGAUGCAAAAUCUACAAAUAAGGUCCAUUCAUCCAGAAAUAGUGUAUGUGUUUCAGAUGUUGGAGUAGCUACGAAACUAUCCAAGAAAAUUAAGAGAAAUGACAAUAGAUUAACAAAACCUUAUGAGAAAUUAAGGACAGAAUCUGACUUGCCAUUUCUAACGAAAAAACAGAAGAGGGCCAAGUCAACUGUUGAAGAACGUGUCAGUACCAGUGGAAGCAAAAUUAUGGAUGUGGUGCCUUCUAAGAUUAUUGGGCAAAGAACGUCAGAAGUGGGCUCCAAAAGCAGCCAUCGCAAGGAAUUCAAUAGAUCAAUUGAGAAGACUGAAACAGAAAGUGGUUGUUCAAUCAAACAACUGAAUUUAUCCAAGGAAGUUAGUACUUAUGUACCCAUUGCUUAUCGAACUAGGCAUUCUAAGUUAUCAAAUAAAUCAAAAACGCCUGAGCAUGUCCCUAGUGACUGUAGAGAAGAUAUUAACCAUCUGGAAGUUUUUGCUGUUGAAGGGAAUGGAAUUGGUAGUGCCGAUGUUGGAGCUUCUGAAGUGCAGCAUGCUGAAAGGAAAUCUUCUAAAUUGGGUAUCGAUCAAUCUGGAGAUCUUGAAAAGGCAAAACCAUGUAAACCUGAUAAAUUGUAUUCAGAGUUAACAACUACGAAUAAUGGAAUUGCUACUUUGAUACAUCCCAAAGGAAGAAGAUCUCAACGAAGCUCUUCAAGGAAGGUUAGUGAAUUUAAUAAGUUAGAUGUUCAAUCCAAGCCAUUUAUUCAGCCAGAAGGCAUCAGACAGUUCUCUGGGUGUAAAAGAUCACGAAGCACUGCUAGAAACAAUAGCUUUAUAUUAACCACAAGGAGGAAAACAAGAUCAUCUGUACAUGCUUGUGCAGUUGUUUCUUCUGAGGACCAGAGUUUGGAAGGGAAAUUUCCCGUCAAAGGUUCAAGUAAACUGGGGCCACAGAAAGCUGUUCCUGACUGUAAUUCUGCAGACAUGAAAGGGGAUAUAUCGACAGAAGUGAUGGCUGUGAAGCAAUUGCAGCACCCUGACAGAAAGAGUGCUGCACACUCAUCGACAUGCGCUGAAAAAGCAGUGAAUGACAAGUUAGAUAGAUCUCCUGGAGAGAAAUGUAUACCAUCUGAUUCAGCAUGUCUUUCCCCUGCUAACUUUAUGACAACUGUGAAUGCUGCAUCUCCUGUUUGUAUUGGUAAUGAAUAUCUUAAAGAAUCAUGUAAGAAAAACCUGUCAAGGUCAUGCCUUAUGAGGGAAAUCAGUAGCUUAAGUCCCACAGAAGCAGAGCCUGUUUCUCCAUUGAAAGAUUUGAGGAAGAGGAGAGAUAUGAGUAGCAUUAGAGUUUUGUUCAGCCAUCACUUGGACGAGGAUAUUAUUAAGCAGCAGAAAAAGAUUUUGGCUCGCUUAGGAGCUUCUGAAGCAUUUUCAAUUACAGAUGCGACCCAUUUCAUAACUGAUAAAUUUGUGCGCACAAGAAAUAUGUUAGAAGCAAUUGCUUCUGGCAAACCAGUGGUGACACAUUUAUGGCUUAAGAGCAUUGGACAAGUUAGGGUUCACAUUGAUGAAGAAGCUUAUCUGCUUCGAGACACCAAAAAAGAAAAGGAGUUUGGCUUUAGCAUGCCAGUUACUUUGGCACGUGCACGCAAGCUUCCACUUUUACAAGGUCGAAGAGUUCUAAUUACCCCAAAUAUAAAACCUAGUAAAGAAACAAUUUCGGGUUUGGUUAAGGCUGUCCAUGGUCAGGCGGUGGAGAGAAUAGGUAGAUCUGCUCUAAAGGAUGAUAAAGUCCCAGAUCUAUUGAUUUUAUCCUGUGAAGAAGAUUAUGGGAUCUGUGAGCCUUUCCUUGAAAAAGGAGCAGCUGUUUACAGUUCAGAGCUUCUACUGAAUGGCAUUGUUAUUCAGAAGCUGGAGUAUGAAAGGCAUCGUCUAUUUUCCGAUCAUGUUAAGAGAACACGGUCAACCAUAUGGCUGAAAAAGAAUGACCUUAAGUUUCACCCGGUGACAAAGCUUAAAUAGGAGGGACUUAUUUCUUAACCCUUCCUUUAAUGUUCAUCCUGUUUUACGUCUUCUAUGAAUAUGUUGGUGUGUAGGGACCUGUACAUAUUCGGUAUCUCCUACGAAUUUUGGGGUGUUAGGUUUUUGUAAUGCUAGGUUUGUAGGGGAUAUCACGGCUUUCUGAGGGUCAGUUCCUUGUUCAGAAAUGCCCAAGGCUGUAUAUCACGCUUUCUUUCCUCUUUGUAUAUAUAUAUAUAUAUAUAUA